GAGCCAUAUGGAACCCGGAUGUGCGUGUGUCGUUUGGCGAAGAGGUUGGAGCGUUGCGUUGCAAAGCAUUGUGGGUUAUUUAUUUUCUUACUUGGAAUCAACAAUAUGCACUUUAUGGAAGCUUCCAAUCGCCACUACGUAUCUUCUGCUAGUUUUAUGAAGUUCCCACUGUCUACUAAUCAACUUUAUGAGUAGAAAAGGUUUGGCAAUCUAAUAUUGUAUGCCAGGUUCUGUUAUUUUUGUUCGUUCGUUGUACAAAACAUUCCCUCGCUGAGACAUGAAGAGAAGGUUUAAUAUCAAUUUGGACGAUUCUGUCUUUACCAAAGAGAGAACACCACCAAAGAAGCACUUUCAACCAUCCAAAACUGUUGGACAAAGCAAAACCGAUGCAAGUCCAUCCCCAGCAAAGGAGGGCCAGCCUUUGUCUUAUGCACAAUAUAUCAUCAAGGCUAAAGCUCAAGGGUCUGCGCCUCCUCAACGAGAUGGCUCCUCCCAAAUGCUCCGACCUGAAGCUGGUGAGGCUCCCACUAUUGCCAGUCUGAGGCAAAGCGAGCCUGACGCCGUGCCCACCGCAGAAGGAAAGAGCGGAGGUAACCAGGUGACGAAGAGCGAGGAGACUCGGGGGUCCGGUGCAGGUCAGAGAGAAGUAAACUGUCCAAGCCUUGGGCCAAAACCCACGGGGUCCGGCAGCAGCAUUAUUGUCAGUCCGAGACAGAGGGGAAAUCCCAUUUUGAAGUUUGUCAGGAGUGUCCCAUGGGAGUUUGGAGAAGUUGUGCCAGACUAUGUCCUGGGCCAGACAACUUGUGCUCUCUUUCUCAGGUAUCACAACCUGAAUCCAAACUAUAUUCAUGAUCGACUUAAGCAGCUUGGACAGACCUUCACCCUUCGAGUUUUACUCGUUCAAGUGGAUGUGAAAGACCCCCAUCAUGCAUUGAAGGAGCUGGCUCGCAUCUGCAUCAUGGCUGACUGCACUCUUAUUUUGGCAUGGAGCCCAGAGGAGGCAGGACGUUACCUGGAAACAUACAAGUCGUACGAGAAGAAACCAGCAGACCUUCUGAAGGAACAAGUUGAAAAAAACUAUUUAUCAAAGGUGACAGACUGCCUGACCACCGUCAAGUCCAUAAACAAGACAGAUGCUGUGACGUUGCUGUCAACCUUCUCUGUGAGUGCCUCUCAACCCUUUGCCGCUGCAAUCGAAAUGUUUACUUUUUUAAUGAUUUCAUUACAGUCUUUGGAAGGAAUCAUCAGUGCAUCUAAAGAAGACCUGGUUCUCUGUCCAGGCCUUGGUCCGCAAAAAGCAAGACGUCUUUAUGAUGUGCUUCAUAAACCCUUUUUAAAAUCCAAGACAAAGUGUGACAGUUGAGGAUCCAGAAUCGAUGUGGGAUGACAAGAUGGCUGACUUUUGAAAGAGACAUGGACAUUUGAACCGUUGUCAAUGUGUGUAUUAUUUAGCGGCACAGUGCUGUUCAUGAAUUAAUAUAUCAUGUGUGAAUAUUUUUCAAAUAGAAUAUUGUAAAAUGAAUCUUACAUUUUGAUUUAAGUAGAUAGGAAUCAUAGUAGGUACUUGCCCCUCGUUCUCUUGUGGGAGAGGGAAAACAAAUCUGCCUUUACAAAGUCAAUAAAAUAUUAAAAGAUAAUAAAAUGCUGUACAAAGGAUAAUCUA